UCGGCCUGAACGAAAGGCGGAAGCGGACGUUUCCGGAACUACACGGAGCUAAUAACAAAGCUAACAGCGACAAGAAGUCGUGCAGUUUCAAAGAUAACUAAAUAAUAAUAAUAAUAGUUUCUCCGCAGCCAACCCGACACCGCCGUGAACCUUGUCGCUCUGACCGGCUGGUGCUCAUGCCGGAGUCCAGGCUGCUGUCAUGUUGACCGGGCCGGGUCAGGCUCUUACUUCCUCCGGGCUGACGAUGGUGUCUGUGGGACUCGCUAGUUUCGCCUGAGCUCCUCCAGGCUGCUGCCUCACAAGCUGGAUGUGGUUGGACUCUCAGCUCCGGAAUGACAAUGCACAGUAGCGGAACAUCCCAUGACCCUUCACAGAGUACAGGCGAACGGGGAGAGCUGGUUCACACCCUGUCCAAAGAGUCUCCAGACGCCUCGGAGUUGGGGAGCCCUCGGUGUAUACCACAAUUUGACCUACACAACAUGGUGGUUUCCUAUAAGAGAAUCACUCUGUUUUUAGAACCAGUUGCAGAAGCAAUGGAGCUGGGCCGCUUCGUGCUCGGAUGGAAGAUGCCGGUGUGCUCUCUGCUUGUGUGUAUAUUUCUUAAUCUCUUCUUCUGCACUGUUAAUGAAGCGGGCUGGUUCUCAGUGGCUGUGGCGUUAGUGUUGGCGCCUGCUGCCUUGGGUUACCGGCAGGACAGGUGUGGGGGCAGAGCCUCUGAAGCUGAGCUCCAGAAGAAGAGCUAUUACACUGUGCACCGCAGAGACCUGCAGACGGUGCAUCUCACCAAACAGGAGGCCAUGCUGGAAGUAAAAGACCUGUUGAAGCAUUUAGACGACAUGUUGUCCUCUGCCUGUCAGGCAGCAGAAGCUAUUGAAAAGGUCCUGCACUGGGAUAAUCACACCAAAUCCUCAAGGUUCUAUGGAGUGAUGUUAAUAGUGGUGUGUCUGCUCUACCUUGUUCCUGUGGGCUGGGUGCUGGCUGCGCUCAACAGCGCCAUCUUCCUGUGCAACAGAGACUUCUACAGAGUUUUGUUGGACCUCAGAAAGUUCUUCCACGUGGGCCAGAGUAAGGCCUCAGAGGGUUUGUCUGAGGAACAGGAACAAGGAAAUCUGCUGGACAGGACGCCUACACCGACUAGUCUGGAGGACCUGUCUCCUGGCAGUGUAGAGGAGGCUGAGGAAGCAGAACCUGAUGAUGAAUUUAAAGAUGCCAUUGAGGAGGAUGACGAAGGGCCUCACGGGGCCCCAGAGUACGACACCAUCUCUGAAAAUGGCCUUUUGAGCCGCAACGAGCCAAUUCGCAGCAAGGUGUCCAAACUGACAGAGAAGCUGCGUAAACGCUACCCCACCAGCAGCACAGGCAACUGUUCGAGUUGCAACGCUGUCUUCUCCGUGCUGAAGAAAAGGAGGAACUGCAGUAACUGUGGCAACAGCUUCUGUUCCCGAUGCUGCUCUUUUAAAGUGCUGAGAGCUUGCAUGGGGGCAACCGCUCCAGAGGCACAGAGAGAGACAGUGUUUGUCUGUGCUCCUUGUAAUUCCUCUCUCAUCAAGUUACAGUGACAUGGCAUCAGUUAAUCUCCUGGUGGCCAGUGGAAGGUCCUUCACAAAGUAACUGUAGCCCUCGCACACACCAUGGUGUUCAUGUUAAGAAACUUAAUGUCUGUUAAGAUACCUCCUAUGUUGGUCCUGCCUUGUCCAGUCAAAUCCUUCCUCCGCUACUUAUCAUUAUGGGACUUCUACUGUAACAUGUUACAAAUUUCCUGGGACAACUCCCUAUGAAGAACUGGACCUUAUGAAUAAAUGGGAGUCAAGACAGGAAAUAAUAGUAUAAACAAAAAUCCAGGGCCGUGGUUUUCCCCUCGCUAGGCCGAGGGAAGAAUAAAGCAUGCAAGGUGUAGGCCCGGACUCUACUGGUGGUGUUGGGUGAGAUUGGGAGUUUGACUGGAGGUCGGUGGUUUCGUUUUUACAUACCUUUUCUUGCCACAAAUUUGGAUCCACUUGAAUGUUGAUAUCUUUAGCCUGGUAAGCUGUUCAACUGUAACAUCCUGCCGAGAUAACUUCUCUGUACUAACAAGACUAAGCUACCACUGGAAAACCAUGUGUUAGCUGGGCACUGCACAAAACAGAAUUCUGUUAUUUGGAUGAACAAAAUAAGAAGCUCUAUGUUCGGGCUUUGGGUGCCGGCAAUUCAAAACCCAUUUUCCCUCAAAGACUCGUUUGUUGUCCCCCAGUCCACAUCGACCUGUGGCUGGUCAGCAUCUCUGUGUGAUUAUUUCUGGGUUUGUCCAACUAUUCCAGGCCAGUGAUUUUGGUUGACUUCAUGUUUUUAAUAAUUGCAUCUGCUCCUGCUCUACACGGCUCCUGUGGGUAUGCAUGUUAUUUACCAGACCUCAAGUCCAGAGGUGAACCCUGCUAAUGAAUCACAGUGAAGGUGUACUGGUGGUUUGUGAACGAGGAUAAGUUUGAUAGACGGCGGUAUUCUACUUAUUAUGAACAAAUUGCUUCAUUCUUCACCCUGAUUGUUGUUUAUUCCUGUGUAGACAUGUCAAACUGGUUUCUUUUUGGAGGAUAGAGACAACCUAGAAAUCUGUAUCCCUGCCGCUCAAGCUUCUUCUUUUAACCGUAUCAAAGUCAGUCCAACUGGAUUCAAUUCAUCUGAACAGACUGAGAAACCAACUGAAACCAGCAUCAGAGCCUCACACUCUUGCAAGCGGGACUUAAAAGAAUCCAUGUGGGGCGUUGUAGCCCAAAAGCUCGGUCUUUGAUGGCAAACCGGCGAGACGAUGACAAAGCUGUUUUAACGAUGAUUCAGACAAGGACGAUUGUAAUUGUGUGCUUUGCUUUUAUUGAAAUCCUAUAAGCUGUUACUGUAAAUUUUUCUUCUAUAUCUAAUAUAUUUAAGUUAAAAGUCCACAAAUGGGAAAUUAUUAUUUGACCUAAUGAUGAAUUCUGUAUAUAUUGGCCCAUAUUUUAUUGUUAAAACAAGCCAUUAUUGAAAUAAACUCGAUGAUUUCAUUAACUUAAA